CCGAAGCAACGGCCGAAGGCGAAGCUGCAGCUGCUCAAGAUGAGGCGGCAGCACCAGCAGCUGAAGCAGCUGGCGAGGAUGAGUAUCUCGAUCCGGACAAGUUGCUCCUCUUCAAGCACUGGAUUAGGCCCAGAUUCCUGCCCUACAAAUACCUGACUGACUACCGGCGCAACUACUACGACGACGUGAUUGACUACCUGGACAAACGGUGCCGUGGCAUCUUCAGAGACAUCCCAGUGGCGCAGACGUGGGGCGAGCGCGUGCUCAGAACCUACACGAAGAACUCGAACCAGGCGGAGAUUUUCCGGCAGAAAUUGCAGGAUCGGAAGCUGAUCGAGGAGACGCGGUUUAGCGGCAAAUUCCAGCUGCACCACAGCAAGAGCUACAUCAACACCAGAUACUCCAGUAUUCUGUACUAGACUUAAGCCCCGCACGACUUUGUUAAAUUUCGUUUUAAAUAGCUUUGGCAACUGUUACUCAGUCAUCUGACUCCUGAAUAAAUUAUUUGUAGUU